AUGGCUUCUAAUUACCAAAACACUAGUGAAAGCCAUAAUAGCAACGGCUGUCAUCAAAACCAAGUGGUGGUUGUUGUGAUACCUUUCCCAGCACAAGGCCAUCUCAAUCAGCUUCUGCAUCUGUCACGCCUAUUCUUAUCACACAAUAUACCUGUUCAUUAUGUUGGCACAGCCACACAUAAUCGACAGGCCACAGUUCGUGUCCAAGGUUGGGACCCAAAAUCCAUUUCAAACAUCCAUUUCCAUGAUUUUGAGGUUCCUCCCUUUCUUUCCCCUCCUCCCAACCCCAAUGAAGAAACCAAUUUCCCAACUCAUAUGAUUCCUUCAUUUGAGGCCUCUUCACAUCUGCGUGAGCCUGUGGCAGCACUUCUACAAUCCCUUUCCUCUGUAGCUAGAAGGGUCAUUGUUAUCCAUGAUUCCGUAAUGGCAUCAGUGGCACAAGAUGCCACAAAUAUAACAAAUGCAGAGAAUUACACUUUUCACAGCAUCUCUGCCUUUUUCACCUUCUUGUUUUUUUGGGAGGCAAUGGGAAGGCCUCAUGUAGAAAACUUACAUAUCCCAGAAGCUCCUUCUCUGGAAGGAUGCUUACCAAUUCAAUUCAUAGAGUUCAUGACUAAACAAAAUGAAUUCCAUAAAUUCAAUGAUGGGAACAUCCACAACACAACAAGGACAAUUGAAAGCCCUUACAUUGAAUCGAUAGAACGGAUCCUGGGUAGCAAGAAGCAUUGGGCAUUGGGUCCCUUCAACCCUCUAGUUAUUGAUAAGAAAAACAUAAAGGAAAGGCACUUAAGCAUGGAGUGGCUUGAUAAACAAGAGCCAAAUUCAGUUAUAUAUGUGUCUUUUGGGACAACAACAGCAUUGACAGAGGAACAAGUCGAACAGAUUGCAAUUGGAUUGGAGCAAAGCCAGCAAAGGUUCAUCUGGGUGCUGAGAGAUGCUGAUAAAGGAGACAUCUUCAAUGGAGAUGAAGUAAGAAGACAUGAGCUUCCAAAUGGGUAUGAAGAGAGAAUUGAAGGAAUGGGGUUAAUUGUGAGAGACUGGGCACCCCAAUUGGAAAUUCUAAGCCACACUUCAACAGGAGGGUUUAUGAGUCACUGUGGAUGGAACUCAUGCGUAGAGAGCAUAACCAUGGGGGUUCCAAUAGCCACAUGGCCUAUGCACUCUGACCAGCCAAGAAACAGUGUUUUGAUAACACAAGUUCUGAAGAUUGGUUUGGUUGUGAAGGACUGGGAUAAGAGAGAUGAGUCGGUGACUGCAUCAGUUAUUGAGAAUGCUGUGAGAAGGUUGAUGGAAACAAAGGAAGGUGAUGAGAUACGAGAGAGAGCAAUUGAUCUUAAAAAAGCCAUCCGUAAGUCCAUGGAUGAAGGUGGUGUUUCUCGCAUGGAAAUUGAUUCUUUCAUGGCUCAUAUUACUAGAUAG